UUUGCUCAACAGUUUUUCGGUCUGUCAGUCUGGGUGUUUGUCCGUUUCUGCUCGCUCGGAUAUACAUACACAUUUAUAACACCCCGCCUCUCCCAGGCUCAAACUGUUGUUGUUUUUAUUUUAUUUCUCUUUAAAGAAAGUUUAGUGCAGUCCCAGUGAGGGGAGAAAGCAGGAGUGAAGCAGAGGAAGAGGAGGAAGAAGAGGGAGCUUUACUUCGACGUAACCAUGGAAGUUCCUGGUAUGCAGAGUUCUCAGAUCGACCCGGAGGAAUUGUUCACUAAAUUGGAUCGAAUUGGAAAAGGAUCUUUUGGAGAGGUGUUCAAAGGGAUCGAUAAUGGCUCAAAGAACGUGGUGGCCAUCAAGACGAUCGACCUGGAGGAGGCGGAGGACGAGAUCGAGGACAUCCAGCAGGAGAUCACGGUGCUCAGUCAGUGCGACAGUCCGUACAUCACCAAGUACUACGGCUCCUACCUGAAGGGCAGUAAGUUGUGGAUCAUAAUGGAGUAUCUUGGUGGAGGUUCGGCGCUUGACUUGCUGCGAGCAGGACCGUUUGACGAGUCCCAGAUCGCCACCAUGCUGAAGGAGAUCCUGAAGGGCCUGGACUACCUGCACUCGGAGAAGAAGAUCCACAGAGACAUCAAAGCCGCCAACGUCCUGCUGUCGGAGCACGGCCAGGUGAAGCUGGCGGACUUCGGCGUGGCCGGCCAGCUGACGGACACGCAGAUCAAAAGGGAAACCUUCGUGGGAACGCCGUUCUGGAUGGCGCCCGAGGUCAUCCAGCAGUCCGCCUACGACUCCAAGGCGGAUAUUUGGUCUCUGGGCAUCACAGCCAUCGAGCUGGCGAAGGGCGAGCCGCCCAACUCCGACAUGCACCCCAUGAGAGUCCUGUUCCACAUCCCCAAGUCCCCGCCGCCCACGCUGACGGGGGAGUUCUCCAAGAGCUUCAAGGAGUUCACCGAGGCCUGUCUCAACAAGGACCCCACCUUCCGCCCGACGGCCAAAGAGCUGCUGAAGCACAAGUUCAUCGUGAAGCACUGCAAGAAGACGUCGUACCUGAGCGAGCUGAUCGACCGGUACCGGCGGUGGAAGGAGGAGGGACACAGCGACAGCAGCUCCGACGACUCGGACAGUGAGUCCAGCAACAAGGAGAACAACGAGAGUCCCGAGUGGUCGUUCACCACCGUCCGCAAGAAGAAGACGGAGGGCCGGAAGGUUCUCAACGGCACGGCUCAGGAUCAGCUGCCCAAGUCUGCCAGUCUGACCACAGUCAUCUCUCCCGUCUUCUCCGAGUUGAAGCAGCAGCACAAGGAGCACUCUCAGCAGCGGCUGGCCAUCGAGGAGCUGGAGCGCAACAUCCGACUGGCCGAGGAGGUUUGUCCCGGCAUCACGGACAGGAUGGUCACGCACAUCAUCGCCAGAUUUGCAACAAACUGACGGACGGAUGGAGGUUGAAGAGACGCGUCUCUGUACGAAGACGCUGCUGUUCCAUGAAGAAGAGGAGAUUUGCUGGGCAUUGUCUCCUCGCUCUUGAUACACACAAGCUCACAUACACACUAAUAAUAUAUAAUAUAACACACACUAUAUUUGACAUAAUCACUGCUGCUGGUUGACAAUAUUUUCCUCUCCAAGUUACAACAUAACCGUUUCCGGUGAAAUGAUCGGAGUCCUUGAACGCACCACAUCGUGCCUUUUAUCAUACGUCUUGUAAAGACGACAUAAAUGUUAAUUCGUAGGUAUUUUUGACCAGUUUACACGAGGAAACGUGAACCAGAGGAGAGGUCUUUGCCCGUCGGCAGCGUCAGCGGUGCUUUCGCGUACGUUUCAGCAGCACUUGACGCAGAUUAGAUGCCAAUAUCACAACCGUUUUGUUGUUUUCAGUAACGCUGUUCAGUUUUCUGACCCAGGAACUCGGUUACAAUCAGAAUUAACCCUCAAAGCGCAGCGACGGUCCCAAACGAGGGUUAAACUUUUGUCUUCAUAAGCUUGUAGCUGUGUACCGCUUUAAAGUUGUUCAUACUGGGGAAUUUGUGAAACAAUUUAUUAUUUUUUGGAGUAAUUUUCGGGAGCUACCUGAAACUAGCUGGGCUAGGAAGCAGCAAGGAAGUAGCAACAAUGAAACGUGCUCACCGAGAUCUGAACGUUCAAAUGCCAUUUCCUGUACAAACGUCUUCGCUGUUGGGAUGAUUUUACUUCCUGUGAAGGCCGAGUAGAUUUCUCGACGUGUGUUUAAAGUUUUUUUGGUCCCGUUGCGUCAGAAAGACCAAGGUUUUCGUCAAAGGUUUGGGAACUCUUUAAGAGCCUCUUUAAAAACGCUGUAUAUAAUACUUAGUACCUGCAGAGUAGCCCGGGUCCUUCUACGAGACAAUAAUGGAGCUGAACUUAAACAUAUUCAUCAAAGUUUGUACCAAAGACACUAUACGACUUGGUCACUGUAUAUUUUUUGCCUUUUUAUAUAUAUAUUAUAAGGGAUAAUGACAGCGGCUGUUCAGGGGGGGACUUUAAAAAUGAAAGAUGUAAGGUUUUAACAUACUUUUGUUGUUGUUUUUCUUUCUUUUCUUUUUUUGUAGUGGGACGUAGAGUUUUAUGAAUAAAUAUUUAAGUUUGAUUGAGAAAA